UUAACCAUGAUUCCUACUUGUUCACAAUCAUAAUAUUACUCGUGUUUUGGUAUCAGCCCUCCACAUAAUGCUGGUGCGACUGGUAUCUCGGGCCUCUGCCCAACGCCUCGUCACAAGCUCUCCUUCACGAACCGCAGUCGCCGCACAACUACGAUCAUACCAUGCCUUCGAUAGAAGCACAACCCGAUACAUUCGAACUCUAGGUCAAUCACAACGAACAUCACACGUCUCAGCAAUAGGCGCACGAUGCUACUCCUCGAGAAAAGAUCCACAACAAUCAAACGAGCCUCCCUCAUCUGCACAAGAAGAGUUCAGCGGUCCAAAGUCACCUGAGGCAAACACCACCCCAUCAUCCACAGAGUCCUUCGCCUAUGAAGCUCCUAGGACCUCGCGUCCAGCUCCAGGUGCGCCCGCUCCAGGUUCGCCUGCGGAACCCUCGUCCGCAGAGGCAGAAGAAGCAAGCCAAGUCGCUAGUGGCCAGAAACCUUUGCCAGACCUUCGCCAUGGCAUUCCCUCCACCUUCGCAGAGGAAUUCUUGAAGCAAACGGCCGAGAAACCAGAGAAGUCGACGGAACCGGACAUCACAGAAAAGACGACACAAGAGUUAGAAGAAGCGCCCGAGCCUGAAGCAAAGGCGGGUGGUGGUCGUGGAGAUUCCGAUUAUCCCAAGUCGGCAUAUGAGACGUCCAUCGAUCGGAGGAGGAAUAUGAUGGCGCGAUACAUGUACAUUGCCUUGUUCACUGGCGCCACCGCGUUCGCUAUGUAUAUGGGCCGUAACUGGGAGACCGAACAAGAGGAGAAGGCCCACGCCGACGCGCCGUCCGGAUGGGGAUUCAAGCUCUUCUGGGACCGGGUGAAAGUUCGUCUCUCGAGUCAAAUGGUUUACUACACCGAACCCGCGUUCCCGAAGCUACUCCCCGACGUCGAUCCAAUGAUGAGGCCGCCAGGUGGAAUGACGCUGGUGAUCUCGUUGGAAGACAUGAUGGUUCACACGGAAUGGACUCGACAAAACGGAUAUCGUCUGGCGAAGCGCCCCGGCGUGGACUAUUUCCUCCGAUACCUCAGCCAGUACUACGAGUUGGUGUUGUUCACGUCCGUUCCAAGCAUGAACGCCGACCCGAUCAUCUCCAAACUCGACCCUUUCCGCAUCAUCACUUGGCCACUAUUCCGAGAAGCGACCAAGUAUGAAGGCGGAGACUACGUCAAGGACAUCUCCUACCUCAACCGCGACAUCUCCAAAGUCAUCGUCAUCGACUCCAAGGCCGGCCACGUCAAGAACCAGCCCGAAAAUGCCAUCAUCCUCCCCCCCUGGAAAGGCGACCCCAAAGACCAAGACCUCGUCGCCCUGAUCCCCUUCCUCGAACACGUCGCCACCAUGGGCAUCACCGACGUGCGCCCCGUCCUCGCCUCCUUCAAAGGCAAACACAUACCCACUGAGUUCUCCGCCCGCGAAGCCCGCGCCCGCGCCCUCUUCAACGCGCAGCUAGACGCCGAGCGCAAGAAAUCCAGUCAGCGUGGCGUGGGGGCGUUCGCCAGCGCGCUCGGCGUUAAGCCCGCCGGCAUGAUGAUCGGCGAGGAGAGCAUCAGCGAAGGCUUCGAGAAGGGGAAGAUGCUCAGCGACCAGAUCCGCGAGCGCGGGAUCCAGAACUACCAGCAGAUUGAGAAAGAGAUCCAGGAGAACGGGACGAAGUGGCUGAAGGAGUUGGAGGCGGAGCAGAAGCGCAUGCAGGACGAGCAGGUGAAGGGGAUGAAGAGCGGGCUGAUGGGGUGGAUUGGGCAGGGGUCGGGGCCGGAGGAGUCGCCGAAGUCGGCGUAG